ACCUUUACUUCCGGUAUAUUGAUGGCGGAAUUUUUAACUUCAAGUUCUGUGUGUCAUCAGGGGACUAACCAUUAACAUAAACUGCUGUUUGAAAUGGACCUGGUGCAACAAGAAACAGAAAUGAUUUAACUUGAAGUUGAGAAUAUAAGUGUUAUUGAGAAGGAAUAAUUGGGAAGAUGACAUCCACCCGACGUGAUGAUUUGGAUUUGGCUGUGGUGUUACAGAAAUGGGCCACGGAAGAGAUGCGUUUUCGUCCACAGGGUGUAGGUGUCCGCCAGCCUACUGCAGAUGACUUUAAGGACGUAUGUCGUGGACAGAUGAAAGACAUAUGGAAGUUUGUUACAUCUCAUGUUUACAGUGCACAAACUGUAAAAGAAGUGCAGGGAAAUUUAACUUUAAAAGGAAGGAAAAAAAGGACCUACAAAGUUCGUUUUAAAUCCGAUGAAAAAUAUGACAGUGAGCGACAAAAUUUGUUGGAUAAGCGAGUUAGACUAGCAGGAGAAGUAACUAACAUCAUCACAGAUCUGAAUCACUUGGAAAACGACUUAAAAAGACAGCAACAAGAACUAUCAGACACACAAAGAAGCUAUUCUCUGGCAUGUUCAGCAUUAACAGACCUACAUAGAAAGUCGGCCCUGUUCCAGGCUUUCAACAUACAGGGACAGAAUACUAAUCACAUGUAUGAGGAGUUAUCUCACAGAGUCAACCGCCGUAUACACCACAUCACAAGCAGAGCAAACAAAGCUACUGAGUCUGAUGAAUACUACAGUCGCAAGCAUAGCUCUACAGACGAUGACCACUACAGUAACACUUCAGGGCUUGAGACAAGAUGCAGUAAAAAGGCGAGGGAAACAUGUGAUUCAGUGGGACUUUUUCUGAACACUCUCCUACAGGGGUCUUAUGACACAGAAAAAACUGCCAUUCAACGCAAGAAAGAGUUACUAUGGAGUGAAGUGGAGAAUGUUCUCCGAGAAUUCUCUGUACAACAGACCUACUCCUCCAUAUUGGUAAACACACAGGAGUCUAGUCUCACUCUCCGUGACAAGACAAGCUCCAUUGAUCUUCGCAAAGAUGCAGAACGCUUACGUUUUAAGUAUGAGAAGCCGGGGGAAAUGACCAAUCUUUCCACCCCACCAUCCCUGUUACAAAGUGUCCACCAGCUAUUAGAGGAAAGUCAGCUUAAACAAAUCCAGAGAUUUAUAGAGACACAGAGACAUGAGAAUGAGACAUGGGAUCUGGACGACCAGCUACACACUGUGAGACAAAAGAUUGAUGACCAGUUGAAAAAAGUGUUCAAACAGACAGAAAGUCUAAAGAAGGCUAGAGAGCUGAUUGAGUACGAGUUAGAGCUCUCAGGCAAGCGUGCUGCCCUGACUUGCUGUAUAGAUGAGGCCGAAACACUGAAGGAGAAGAUUGUCAAGUCCCUUCGAGACAAGGAUAUGUUGAUGGUGAAAUACCAGAAAAUACAGGACUUCAGACAGAUUGCUGAUAAAAAACAGAACUUAAUCCGUGUUCUUAUUAAACAAAAUGCAAAUGCAAAAUCAAGGCUUGAUGAACAACAAAGGGAGAUACAGCAGUAUAUUCAGCGAUCACUUCUCUCACAUCAAUUGGAAGCAAAGUCCUUAGCUAAUGGCCUUCAUGGAUGUAUGGUCAGUGAAAUGGACAAAUUUGUUGGACUGACCCUUCCUUGUUUGCUAUUCUCCAGUCAGGCUGACAGUCCUUUCAAAGUUGCUGUAAUGGACUUGUCAAUAAACCAGACAACAAACCAGGUUGCCAUAGCAUCUCGCCAGGCCUUACAAGAUGUCUUCCAUUGCCUACAGUUUCCUGCUUACCUGGGACCAGAGGUGAUAAUGUCACAUUGUCUCGGGGAAAAGUCCAGAUCCAGGAAUAUCUCAUUACUGUUAGAUCACCAUGACAACAUGCUCCAUCAUUUUGGAACAAAGAAAGGCGACAAAGAUGCUGUAGAGGUCAUCAUAGACCUUUGUAAAGACAUCAGCGAGCAUGACAGGAAGCAGAUGGAUAAACUACUUCCUGUCAUUCAAGACCGAAUUGAAAGAGCACAGAGGUGUUUAGUUGGGGCAAGCACUGCAAAUCAGACUGUACAGGACUGGUGGGAACAGCCAGCCCAGGCCACUGUACCCUGGGUACAAGUGGACCAACACAAUCUGCAGCAAUGGCGGAACCGCUGGAAUGUCGUCGUUACCAAGUUGCGACAGGCUAUGCUUCAGAACAUGGACCAAAAUAAAAAGUGAUGCUUUGGUGCUACAUGCAUUGGCAACUGAUCAGACACUUUAAAAAAUUACUGUGUUGUUAUGAAUUGUUAUUGAAUGUUGCCUUUUAUUUCAUUUCCUUCAAAGUCUUCAUGUAUUAGAUGUAAAAUGACAUAUAUCUUAAAUUCUCAGAGUAGUUAUGUAUGAAUGUAUGGUAACUGCAUUUUUAGCCUGAAUUUCUUAUUUUGAUCACCGUCAGAUGUACAUUGUAAGGAACAUCUCAUUUAGUAAUUAUAGAUUUUCUGUAGUUCCUGAAUCAACAGUCUCAUUAAGUUAUACAUUAAGGUGCACUCACUCCUGUAAACUACUUGUACACUCAGCUGAUGUAGCAGUGUGUAGUUUACAGAACAGGAGUGUAGAGUAAGAUAUGAUUUUUACUGUUGAUCAAGUAAUGGUAAAACUUAGGAGAUGGGUGCUGUGUUUCUCUCAAAAGUGUAUGGACACUUAAAGGUGCUACAUCUCCGACAAAGAGUUAUUAUUGAUAACUUGAAAUGGCUGUUGUAGGUUUUGAUACAUUAAAAUUAAACAUUAAUUAAUUAUUUAACAUACUUAUGCUAUUACCACCCUUCAAACAUUUGAACUAAUUAUGUCUUUUGAAUUUAAAGUGAAUAAAAAAUAUUUUGUAUCAAGAAGAAGUUCU